AUGGACUCGGCAGAGGCUGAAACACCGACCCGGCAACAGGGUAGCAACAAACGCUACGGCGAGAAGAAAGACACGAAAAGCGAAGCUCGGGCUUUCGCUGCGUGGGCUACUGUUCCUUUCACCAAUACCUUCGCUAUCAUGAACAUGGUAAACUCGAAGCGCAACACUCACGACUGCAAGGCUCGCAGCGCCGCUCAGAGCAGGGCACAGCACCCAGCCGCCGGCCGCCGGUCUCCGGGGAGUGGCGUUAAGAACGUCUAA